AUGGAAUUUGAGAUAUUAAGAGUAAUAAGUGAAGAUAAAUACUGCGAAAAAGAAUUCGUUAACAGCAAACUCAAAAAAAAACAAAAAACUGUUAAACAAAUUUUAAGUUUAAAUUUUUGGCCAGAAAAAUUAGAAGAAAAAUCAAAAUUUCUUACUCACAAUCUUGUUGAAAAACCUCUUGCUCACAAUCUUGUUUAUUUAUUGUACGAUUUUGAUAAAGAGUCUAUUAAAAAUAAAAAGCAAGCAGCAGAACAAGUUAAUAAAGCUAUCGAACAAUUAUUUUCUACCUAUAUUUUAAAUGAUCCUUCAAUCUUAAAAACUACCACAGAAAAGAUCAUCAUUAGAAUUGAAUUUAAAGGAUAUAAAAGCCUAAGAGACCUUAUUAAUGAUGACAACUUG